AUGACCCCGGCGACAAGCAUCACGCAGGCAGCGCUGCAGCCCACCACCAUGACCACCACGACCACGCGCAUCACGACCAUGAUCACGAUCAUGACCACGAUCAUGAUCACACACUUUGACGCCGCGUCCGAGCCCAGCGCGCUCCUGCGCGCCGUCGGCCGCACCGGGUUCUUCAGCCUCUCGGAGGAGCUCGAGCACGGCACGCGCUACGCGGUCGCCUCCGCCGCCUGCUACGCCGCCGCGCUCGCGCUGCAGUUCGCGCUGCACGCCGCCGCGCCGCCCGCGGGCGCUGCUGCCGCGCGCGCGACCGCGGUCCUCUCGCAGCUGCUGCUGGCGGGCACGUACUUCCUCUCGGGGGUGCCGCAGCUGGCGGAGACGCUGGUGGCCAUCGUGCGCAGCCGCGUGGACACGCACGUGCUGAUGUCACUGUCAGUUGUGGGGACGCUCUAUAUGGGCAUGGCCGCAGAGGGUGCGCUGCUGCUGCUGCUGUUCCGCGUGAGCCACCUCCUGGAGGACAAGCUCACUGAGAGGGCCAGCGGCAACCUGGGCCGCCUGUUUGACAGCGUGCCCAGCCGCGCGACGCUGGUGGAGGUCGACGAGGACGGCGGCGCCCCGCGCGCGGCGAGCGCCACGGAGGUCCCGGCCUCUAGCGUAGCGCUGGGGCAGCACGUGCUCGUCCGCCCCGGCGAGGCGGUACCCCUGGACGGCUCCAUAUCCUGGGGCACCGCCAACGUGUCCCUGCAGCACAUCAGCGGCGAGUCUGCGCCGCUGCGCCUCGGGCCCGGCGCGGCGGUGCCGGCCGGCAGCGUGAGCACGGACGGGAUUCUUGUCGUGCGGUGCGAGGCGACGGCGGACGACAGCACGCCGGCGCGGAUUGCGAAGAUGACGGCGGCGGCGCAGGUGAGGGGCGAGGGAAGGGCUCUGUUGGAAGCAUGCACGGGCGGAGGGUGUGCCUAG